CGGCAGCUCUGUCGGUUCCCAAACGUUUCCUCAACAACUUCGACGGACUUCUAGCUUUUAAAAUAAUGAGUUAGGGUGAUUUUUUUUUUAAAAGAGCGGGAGUUUAUAAUUAUAAUGAGGUGUGGAUAGUGUUUAAGAGGAUAAAACAGCAGCAUUGCACGAGAAAGUAUUUUAAACAACAAAGACCGGAAGACGUUUCUUCAAAGGUUCACAUGAAGAGAACGGUGAUGUGGGAUGAUUUUUACCGUUUUGUUACAUACCGACUUCCAGAUGAUUAGUGGUUGAAUUGCUGCAAUCUGGAGUCAUUUUUUAUGGGCUCUCACACUCCGAAAUAAGAGCCUUCUAAAUUUACAGACAACACCCAGCCUGCAGGGACAAAGGACGGAAAGAAUGAGUACGAUCCUCAGACUGGAAGGCCUGGACGUGAAGGCAGGCACUGAAGAUAUACGGACCUUCUUUCAGUCCCUGGACAUACCUGAUGGAGGAGUUUACAUUAUGGGAGGACAUCUCGGCGAGGCUUUCAUUUCAUUUACCACUGUAAGUGAUGCACAGGCUGCCUUGCUGCGCAGUGGGAAUUUACUCAAAGGCUCCAUGGUGACCCUGCACAUCAGCAGCAUGGAAGAGAUAGAGUGGAAACUCGAGGAGUCCUUAAAUGGCAAGAAAACUUCGCUCACCGUAAGAAAACCCCAUCCACGUUCAGCUGAAAAUGAAAUGUCAAGGCGACAUAAGGAUAAAAAUGGCGAUGUCAAGUCCAAAUCCAGCUCGCAUGAUGUUUACAUGGCUAAGGUGAAGCCCAAAUCUGGACCUCGUGACAUUAAUAUAUUGAAGCCCAAAUCCAGAUUACAUGAAGACAACAUGACUACAAUGAAGCAGAAAUCCAGGCCACAUGCUAACAUGACAAUGAAGCCCAAAUCUAGGUUGCAUGAUGUUAAUAAGAUAAAGGUGAAGCCCAAAUCUAGGCUGCAUGGUGAUAGUACUUCAAUUUCAUCUUCAGCUGCAUUUCCACUUGAUCCUGAUCCUGCUGAUCUGCCAGCUUCUAAUGCACAACAUUUUCAGCUGAGUCCAACAAACAUGCCGGCUUCGAAUGCACAACCAUUAGAUGCCGAUUCUUUUUUACUUGGGGUUUGUACUGUCCUUAAAAGACUCCAAUCAACUCAAACCAUGGUGCCAAUGUUUGAGUUUCCCCACGUUGACAGCACAACUUCCUCUGAAGCGGUCAGAAAUCCAGAACAUACAUUGGACUUGAGGCCAGGCUACGCCCGGCUAUUUGGGCUGCCAGCUUCAAUUACUAAAGAAGACAUUUGCAAGUUCUUCAAAGGAUUGCGUGUAGAAGACGUUAUAGUCAACGUCGAACUGGGAAUCAGUCGUGGCUGCCUUGUGAAGUUUGCAGAUAUGCAAAAUGCAUCUGAUGCUCUUGGCUUCAACCAACAGUUGCUGGGCUCCGUUCAUGUGGAAGUACGUGGAGCAGAUGAAAAACUGUGGCUGAGAGCUCUUCAGGAAUGUAGUAAGGCUUUUGAUGACAGGUCAAAGUGGAAACAUGAAAGAUCUCCAACAGAAAAGGCACACUACGAGAGAAGAUCUGUUACUUCCCUUAAGAGGACAUCUGAUCAAGUUCAGUUUAAACCAUUAAAAAACCCAAAACUCGAUGCGGAACCCAAUGCUUCAUCAAGACCCUCGGAGUACACGGUCAUGGUCAGAAACCUGCCAAAAAACAUGACCAAGACUGACAUAAAAGAGCUGUUCAGAUGCCCAAACCUACCGCACAAAAAUGUGCUUCAUCUGCUUGACGAAACAAGCAAUAUCACUGACACAGCUUUUCUGAGUUUUAACUGUACCGAGGACUUUGACUACGCCAUUAAUCUCUCUGGCUGCCAUGGUGGCUCUGGUGCCAUUGAGGUUAAAUCAAUCUCCAAGGAGCUCAUGUGGAAAAUAAUCGCCAAAAACCACCCCAGAAACCAAAGGACUGAUCCAAGGUUACAACGCAGCUUCAGGAAGUCGGAGCCAGUGCAGACAAACGCGCCACAGAGGGAAAGUCUAAACGAGACGGGUCAGCGGUACAUUUUUAUUAGGAACAUGCCUGCAACUGUCAAGAAAAGUCAAAUCAGGAGCCUGUUCUGUAAAUUCAGUCUGAGUUUGGAUGAUAUAAUUUUAAUACAUGACAGUGAGGGCUAUGGCUCGGGUGAGGCUGUGGUCAAGUUUGAAUCCGAACAGCAGGUCACGCAGGCUCAGAGGUUGCACGGCGAAGAGUUCCUGGGAUCAAAAGUGAUUCUCACCCCCAUAAAUGAGAAGCAAAUGAAGAAAAUUUUGAUGAACACCUGAGGAAUGUUUUGCCUGACCAUCGGCUUCAGCUGCGCUUGACUGCAGAGGUUUCUAGUUUGCUCCAAGGAUUUUAUUUCAAGAUCUCCCUAUGUUAUCGUUCUCUUCAUAUAUACUACACAGUCUGCAGUAAUGUUCUAAUAAUUAAUGGAAGACAUUCCCAAGUGUUGGAUACUACUGCGAUGAAAAGAAGAUGCCUUGGAUUUGUGUACAAACAUGUUCGAUAUUUUUGUCUACCUUUAUCCUGCAUGGCUAAAUAAAUUUUUUAUAUGGCUUUUGA